AUGUGGAAGCCUCCGACCCCUCCGACCCAGUCCUGCCGCCGCAGCCAGCGUUCUUCAGUCGUCCCGGUCCUGCGGGCGGAUGUGGUGAAGGGGGCUUCCAAACUUUCCACCUUGACACCGGGACGCACCGCAGUUGGUUUUAUGGAAGCCUCUGACCCGCUCGCUACAGUCGAGCCAUUGCAGCCAGCGCUCAUCAGACGUCCCGGUCCUGUGUGCGAGAUCGGUGAUGAGGUCUUCCAACCCGCCACCGCCGGCAAGUAUACAAAACGUUUGGACAAUACCGGCAUUGACUUCUUUCCUGCUUCCAGCCCGCAAUCGGUUCUAUUGUAUUACCAAAACGUCGGCGGUAUGAAUACAUGCCUGACCGAUUACUUACUGGCUUGUUCGGAUGAAUGUUUUGAUAUUAUCGCGUUAACGGAAACUUGGCUGAGUGAUAGUACCCUCUCUACGCAAGCAUUUGGCACCAAUUAUGAAGUUUUCCGUGGCGAUCGUAACCCAUGCAACAGUUCGAAGAGUUUCGGUGGUGGCGUGCUCGUUGCUAUUCACCGCCGCUUGAAAGGACGGCUAAUUAUUAGCGCAUCUGGGAGUUGUGUCGAGCAGGUAUGGGUGCAAAUUAAACUGAGCGACUGUUCGUUGUUUCUCUGUGUGGUUUAUAUUCCACCGAAUCGGACUCGCGAUUUAUCAUUGAUUGACUCGCAUAUUCAGUCAUUAGAAGAUGUCAUUGCUGCCCAUAUGCAUCCGGCAGAUGAAAUACUUAUCGUCGGUGAUUUCAACUUUCCAAGCCUGAAAUGGCUCACAGCUUCCGAUGGUUUUCUGUUUGCAGAUCCAAUGCAUUCCUCGUUUCACGCUGGUAUUAUCAACUUGCUUGACCGCAAAUCGGAGACGGUCAGCCAUCGCAGACUACGGAGGCGAGAGAUUAUAUUUACACCUUUGUUCGAGUCUCAAGAACAAGCGAUCGAACAUGAAGUGCAAGACCAACAGCAAGUAUCAAAGACGCCCAGUUUGCUGCAAGCAGAAGAACAACAAGUGAAACAGGAAGUACUUGAACAACUAUCGAAACAGGAGCAAAAUACGAGCCAAACUACAACCGUACAGCCUAAUGAUGACGACGAUGAUGACGAUGAUGAUGAUUACUUGUCAAUCAUUGGACCCAAAAUAAUUCGAGUGAAUCAAUCAUACGCGAUAGUUUUCAGUAACUCGCUUCCUCAUGCCGUACGAUUGGAAGUUUUACUGGAGGGAUCCAGCGGCGAUCGAUCGGUGUUGAAAGAAAAUUUUGAGAUAAUGAUGAAUAGUAAAACGGAUAACACUACAACUUUACAGGUGGGAGAUAUUCCAUGGGGUGUAUACAAAUUAUCGAUGAAGAGUUUGGAGAGUGAUUUCAAAUUUAAAGACACUGUCGAUUUGGUAUAUGAUCCCAAGCCGACUUAUGUUCUAAUGCAAACUGAUAAACCGGUAUACAAACCAGGUGAUGUGCUGCGUUUUCGAGUUUUGGUGAUGGACAUCGAUACGAAGCCCGUCACCAGCAUGGAAACUGUACGAGUAAAACUGAACGAUGCUGCCGGGAAUUCGAUUAGGCUGUGGCCUUAUGCAAAACUACAAAACGGAGUGUUUGAUUCUUCUGUUCAGUUACCAGCCGUACCAGUAUUGGGAAACUGGACCAUGACUGUUGUGACUACGGAUGAUAUAGUGGAAAAGAAGAUCAAAGUGCAAGAAUAUGUCCUACCGAAGGUUUUCAUUAAAGUCUACGCUCCUAUGAUUUUGCUAAUCCCUAAACGUUUGAUUCGAGUAGCUGUGGAAGCGGUGGAUACUUUUGGGAUGCAUGUUGGAGGCAUGACUCGUGUGGAUUUAUAUUUAGACAAAGGAAACCGAAGACCGGAUCAAUCGAAAACGCUGAAUUCGUCUGGAUUAGCCACUGUAGACUUUCAUCUCAAGGAAGAGCUGAAACCGGACCACAUCAUGAAUGGAUUUAAGGAUGUUCUGGUUAAGGUUCAUUUAAUUGAGAUGGCAACAAAUCAGUCGGUGGACCACGAGCAAAUAAUUCCAGUAUUUAAAUUUCCGUACAAAAUUUCAUUGAUGAAGGUCAUGCCGCAUUUCAUGCCGAGUGUUCCUUUUCCGGUGGAAAUAUCUUUAAAAGAUCACUACGGAAAAGCGGUGAAAGAUGCAGACUAUGCUGAAGUAACGGUUCGAUAUAAAGGCAAAACUCUAUUGGAUGAAUCUGAUUUUGUGGAACGCUUUGAUGAAAAGUUUGAUAAAUACGGAAUUGCAUCUCUUAUCCUGCGACCGCCUCUCUAUGCAACGCGUCUAGAGAUUAAGGUUAAGUAUGACUCAGUUGAUUAUGGGAUCAUUGGAAUCGGUGACAGCAUUGACUCAAAAAAUAAACAAUCUAUCCGAAUGUCACUACGUCCUGGAUCUAGAAUCCGUCCCAACAAUGAGGUAACUUUUGACGUUAAUUGUUCGGAAAAUAUGGACCAAUUUUCCUACGCGGUGGGAUCACGCAAAACUAUGAUAACUUCCGGUACGAUGCAAGUGCAGAAUAAAUCAAGCUCUGAAUUUCGACUGGAUUUAACACCUCGGAUGAUACCCAAAGCUACGGUAUUAGUCUACUACAUCAGUCAUAAUUCUCUGAUCUUCGACGAGCUUGAUCUGGACUUCGAGGUCUUCAACAACGACUUCAAACUUCAACUCGACCAAGAAGAGUACCGUCCAAGUCAAAACAUCAGUGUAAAUGUGCAAGCUGCAAAUGACUCAUAUGUGGCGUUGGGAGCAAUUGAUCAAAACGCAUUGCUCAUGGGAACUGAGGGAAACGAGUUCACCAGAAAAGGCGUUCUCGAGAUGCUAGAGGGAAUGGACUUUUUCAUCAGCACAUCAGUUGACGUGAAAGUUAACAUGGCAGAUGAGACACCCAAAGGAUUCCUGAAGCUGCAGACUCCAGUGAUUGAUUCGACAACGUACAAUAGGACACGGUUCCACGAGUCGUGUAUGUGGAAAAAUUUCACCAUGCCAGGCGAUAUGAUGUCUCUAAAGUCGAUGGAUAAGCUGCCGGAUUUAAUAACUUCGUGGCUUGUAAAUGGAUUCGCACUCAGCCCUACGAUGGGCCUAGGGUUCAUGAGUCAACCUCAGAGCGCCAAAGUACGGAAACCUUUCUACAUGAUGGCUGAUUUGCCAUACUCUAUCAAACGUAAUAUGGAAACCCCAAUACACGUAACGGUGUACAACUUCAUGAACGAUACUUUGGUUACCGAUGUUACGCUGACGAGCAAAAACAAUGAGUUCGAAAUCAUUGAAAAGGGUUCAAUCAACGAUAUGCAGAAAACCAAAGUAGUAGCAGUGCCAAUGACCAGCAAAAAGACCGUUAUGUUUAUGGUCAAACCGAAAGUCUUGGGCGAAAUCACUUUGAAAAUGGAGGCAAAUAAUAUUAUCACUUCAGACGAGACCGAAUAUCCGCUGCGAGUGGUUCCAGAAAGUCGCAUGUUCGAAAAGACUGAAACGAGAUUCAUUGAACUUCCCCGUCAUGGAACGCUUGACUAUGAGAUCGAUAUUGACAUACCGCGUAACAUAGACGACGGGUCUGCUAACAUCAAGUUUAUGCUUCACGGUGAUGUAUUGGGACAAUCUCUUCCCAAUAUGGACGCUCUGAUUCGUGCUCCAUCUGGACCCGGAGAGCAGAACAUUUUAAUUUUUGCAUACAAUACCGCCGUAUUGGAUUACCAUUCUGAAACUGGGGCACUGGAAGAAGACGUGGUUAAAAAAGCAGUAAGCUAUCUGAAAAGCGGUUACCAGAAACAGUUAAAUUUCAAACAUACAGACGGUUCCUUCAGUAACGCUGGUUCGUCUGAUCUUAUAGGAAGCACUUUACUAACGGCAUUCGUAGCGAAAUGGUUCAUGAAAGCCGACAAGUACAUCGUAGUCGAUAAGGGAAUACUGGCAGCUGCUUUCCGAUGGCUGGCGAGUGCCCAAAAAUCCAACGGUCGUUCAAUCGAAUUCGGCGAGAUUACCAAUCCGGAAAUGCACGGCGAUAUACUGUCAACCAAGUUGGCCCUUACUGCGUUUGUAUUGAUUACGUUUCUGGAAAAUGAAGCUGCAAUCGCAGAACACAAAACUACGGUGCAGAAAAUGAUGCAUUACCUCGCCAAAAAGCUAGACUCUAUCAGCGAUAUCUACGAAAUAGCUUUGGUCACUUACGCUCUGACGCUCGGGAAUCAUCCAACAAAUAACGCUUUCUUCGAUAAACUGUACCAUAGCUCUGUGUUCGAUAAACAGAAUAAGUCUCACUACUGGGACCGUCCUCCGGUUAGUAUCGAAACCACGGGAUAUGCUCUUCUGUCUUUCAUCGAACAUGGAAAGCUUUUGCAAGCAUCUUCCAUCAUGCGAUGGUUGAAACAACAAAACUACACAGCAGCAACCCCUCAAGCUUUUGUUGGCAUCGAAGCUUUGACCAAACUGGCAAACCAAAGAAGUCCAUACAGGAACGAUUAUCGACUUUCAUUGCGGCACCAUAAGCGUAUGAUCACCACGAUGGAAAUGGAUCGAAAUAAACCACAUAAAGUGGAGCUGAACUUGCCCCCAAACAUUCGUUCUCUUGAAGUGCAUGUGGACGGGAUUGGCAGUAGUGUGUUCCAGGUUAUCUAUCAAUACUCUAUGGAUAUUGAGAAAACCAGAAGUAGUUUUCAUUUGGACGUAACCGUACUGAACAGCAGUACCUAUUACGAGCAACACCUGAAAGUAUGCGUCCGGAAUGGUGCCAGUGGUGGUAAAAAAAUUUCCGAUACAGCUCAGGUUGAAGUAUUCUUCCCCAGUGGGUUCAUUGUCGAUGAAGAAGCCGUUCAGGAUCUUUCACCGAACGGGGACAUUCUGAAAGCAGAAGUUCGCUUUGGAGCCUCAUCGGUUGUCGUGUAUUAUGACAGCUUGGGAUAUGGAAAUAGUUGCUUUAAGGUUAUCGCAUAUAGACGGUUCAAACCGGCAAUGCACCGGCCGGCUUAUGUCGCCGUGUCCGAUUAUUACGACACAGAUCGUGUUACGGUAAAGUCAUAUGAAGGUAUUGUCCAGCAAAUGUGUGACAUCUGUCAAGAAAAGGACUGUCUCACGAUGUCAUGCUGAGUGGAUAUUAAGAAACGUAAGAGUGAUCAUUGAAGCGUGAAAAUUAGACUGAUUUUAUAAAUACAUUUUUUUCAAUCAAAACUAUCUGAAA